AUUUGUUUUAAUUUGUUUGCAGAGAUGAUCUUUUACGAGCCAUAAAGAAGUUGAAGGUGUUAGGUAACGGGUUUACUGUGAUACCUGUGGGGCGGACCUAUCUAGUCCAGAGUGUCCCUGGAGAACUAAGUAUGGACCAUACCAUGCUUCUACAGCAGGCACAGGUGGGUACAUUGUUAGGUAACGGGUUUACUGUGAUACCUGUGGGGCGGACCUAUCUAGUCCAGAGUGUCCCUGGAGAACUAAGUAUGGACCACACCAUGCUUCUACAGCAGGCACAGGUGGGUACAUUGUUAGGUAACGGGUUUACUGUGAUACCUGUGGGGCGGACCUAUCUAGUCCAGAGUGUCCCUGGAGAACUAAGUAUGGACCACACCAUGCUUCUACAGCAGGCACAGGUGGGUACAUUGUUAGGUAACGGGUUUACUGUGAUACCUGUGGGGCGGACCUAUCUAGUCCAGAGUGUCCCUGGAGAACUAAGUAUGGACCACACCAUGCUUCUACAGCAGGCACAGGUGGGUACAUUGUUAGGUAACGGGUUUACUGUGAUACCUGUGGGGCGGACCUAUCUAGUCCAGAGUGUCCCUGGAGAACUAAGUAUGGACCACACCAUGCUUCUACAGCAGGCACAGGACGCAGGCUUUGUGACAAAAUCGGACUUGCUGUCAGGACUAAAAUGGGAAGAAGACAGAGCUGGACGAGCUUUGGAUUUCAUGGUGAAGGAAGGCUUGGCUUGGCUGGAUGACCAGGCUACACCAGAGAGACAGUACUGGUUCCCGAGUUUCUUCCCGUACACUGCUGUCACGUCCUGAGGAAAGUGUACGUGAACUUAACACUUAAUCGGCACAAAUGGAUGAAAUGAUCAGCAUCUGAUAAAGCGUAUUACUGAAAUAGGAAAUCCGAACAGUACAGCCCAGCAUCUGGUGUAGAGUAUUACUGAAGUAGGGGAGCAAUCCUUGUGAACACCAUCCAUUAGAGUUCCUUUUGAGUUUACAACUACAGCUUUACUUGAGUAUAUUAGAAGCUUAGGAACAUACAAAACUGAGUAUCAAACUGUAGCUGUGUCAGAACAAACAGGUCACUCUCUAAGAGUGCAACUCUCUUUUGUCUAGCUUCAAUAUUUUGCUUAUUUGCUUAUAAAUAAAUGUUUUUUAUAUUAUUUAUAUAAAGUUCUAAUAUAAUGGCAUAGAGAAGAAAUGUUAAAAAAUCAGUUCAUAAAUAUUGUAACAAACCACUAGAAUAUUGUGCUUUAUAUAGACUGAAUUGUUCAGUCUAAAGGCAUAUGUUAUUGUUGGUAAAUAUAAAUUAAACAAUAAAACUUGAUACAA